AUGUAUCACUCUCAAGAUAAAUCGAACAAAACUAUUAAGAAAUUAUCAGUCCUGCUUACAAGUGAUCAGGACUUCUGCAACUACAGUCACUCUUCUAUUGAGGCCAUUGGAGGUCAUCUUGCUUAUCACUUGACUGAAGCUUCAGAAGAACUUAAAGAGCAGUGUCUCAAAGAGUCAGAAGAGAUUGGAGAUCCAAAAUAUCAAUACCCUAUUUUCUUUGACAGGCUUAUUCAUUCCAGGGCAAAAGAUAUCAAGGGUGUUAUCACUCUAAAAUUACCCGAUUCUGAUUGUACCUUGGUUCCUUCUAACUGCAGCAACAUCAAAGAAGGUGAUUUUUUUAAAAAGCUAUCUUUUGUUGAUAGUGCAAUUGUUACCUUCUCAGCAAUGAACAAAGCACUUCAUGAAGAGCUUGCCGAACAGAAUGAUUACAAAGACUUAUUCUGAAACAUGUUCACAUUUGGAAUCAAAGAAGUCAUAAUUGCUGUUGACAAUAUGGAUAUGGUUGAUUAUGAUGAAGAACAAUUUGAAUCUAUCAAAAGAACUAUUUCUAAUAUACUUCCUAAAAUUGGAUAUAGAUUGAAUAAAGUAAAUUUCAUUCCUAUAAGCUCGACCACAGAAGAUAAUAUCUGAGAAAACUCUUCGAACAUGCAAUGGUAUCAAGGCCCUUUGUUGUGAACUGCUGUUAACCAGCUCGCUCAAGCAAGAACUCUAUAUCACCCUUUUAAAUUUUUAUGAUCCGAAGCUUAUAGGGAGGAGAAAAAGACUACACUUUUUGAAGGAAAAGUCAUUGAAGGAUCAAUCACUGCAGGUAGCAAUAUCUAUGGGAUCAAACUCCCAAAGACCAAAGUACUUGAAAUAUUCAAGUUUGGUGAAUCUAUUUCUGAAGCAAAAGCAGGAGACUUUGUAACUUUAAAUGUUGGGAAAAAAUCAUUAAAGGAGAUCAAGUCCGAGCAUAUCCUGACUGAUGUCCCAGUUCCUCCUCCUUCUAGCUUUGAUGCACAUUGUAUUUUCAUUAAAAUAAUCAAUGGAACAGCUGAAGAUCUCGACAAUAAAGACUACAUAACUGUAGGAUAUCAGUGUAGGCUCUCCAUUGGUGGAACUCAAACUUGCUGAGUAGUUUCUGAAAUUAUCAGCAAACUAGAUAAAAGAACUGGAAGGGUUUUAGAAGAAAAUCCGGAGAAGAUUUACAGUGGAGAUGCAGCUAUUUUUAAAAUAACUCCCUGAAAGCCGAUUAUAUGUUACUCUUUCAUAGAGAGUGCAAAACUAGGGAGACUCUUAGUGGGCAAUCAAGAAUCUCUUGCAGUUGGAAUUGUAAAAUCUAUUGAAUAA